AUGGUGUUGGCUCCCCCCAUCUCCUCCCCUUCAUCGCCCCCUCUCCCUUUUCACUUCCCCUGCGUCCCCAGGACGGGGCGCGUCUGCUGCAUCCACCACCACCCUGAGGGGGGGACCUCCUCCGCCCCCGGGCGAUUUUUCCCAGGUGUCGUCGGCAACAGCCGCUCUGACUGGCAGAGCUCCUGCUCCAUUCUCUCCAGCAAGGUCGCCGUCUCCCACCACCACAACAGCCAGGAGAAUAAUAGCGAUGGCGGUGGUGGCGCUGCGGCGGCGGCGGCGGCGGCAGCAGCAGCAGUGCCGGCGGUGGUGAACGGUGAUCACAAGGCUCUCACCGGCUCCUCCGAGUCCUCUGAGACGACGCUUGACCUGGUGGCCACCGUCGAUCAGCGAAACCUCCCUCGCCCGCUGACCAUUGCCGACCUCUCUCCGGCGCCGAUGCACGGCUCUCAGCUCCGCGUGGCGUACCAGGGGGUCCCGGGGGCCUAUUCCGAGGCGGCCGCCGGCAAGGCCUACCCGGGCUGCGAGGCCAUCCCCUGCGACCAGUUCGAGGUCGCCUUCCAGGCCGUUGAGCUCUGGAUCGCCGAUCGCGCGGUUCUCCCCGUGGAGAACUCCCUGGGCGGCAGCAUCCACCGCAACUACGACCUGCUCCUCCGCCACCGUCUCCACAUCGUGGGGGAGGUCCAGCUUCCCGUUCACCACUGCCUGCUCACCCUACCCGGGGUCCGCCUCGAGUACCUCACCCGCGUGCUCUCGCACCCGCAAGCGCUGGCGCAGUGCGAGCUCACGCUGACCAAGAUGGGCCUCAACGUGGCCCGGGAGGCAGUGGAUGACACCGCCGGGGCGGCGGAGUUCGUGGCGGCGAACGGGCUGCGGGACACGGCGGCGAUCGCGUCGGGGCGGGCGGCGGAGCUGUACGGGCUUCAGGUGCUGGCGGACGGCAUCCAGGACGACGCGAGCAACGUGACGAGGUUCGUGAUGCUGGCGAGGGAGCCGAUCAUCCCCCGCACGGACCGGCCCUUCAAGACGAGCAUCGUCUUCGCGCACGACAGGGAGGGCACAUCCGUGCUCUUCAAGGUGCUGUCGGCCUUCGCCUUCCGGGACAUCAGCCUGACCAAGAUCGAGAGCCGCCCGCACAGGGGGCGCCCCAUCCGCGUGGUGGACGACGCCAACCUCGGCGGAUCCGCCAAGCACUUCGAGUACAUGUUCUACGUCGACUUCGAGGCCUCCAUGGCGGAGCCCAGGGCGCAGAACGCCCUCGCCGAGAUCCAGGAGUUCACCUCCUUCCUCCGCGUCCUCGGCAGCUACCCCAUGGACAUGACCCCCUGGCACGCCCCCCGUCCCGCCGCCGACGACCACUGA